AUGAUCGAAGUUUUGAGGAACAUAUAAGUGUCACACAAGAAUUAAAUACCUACAUUUGUGGAUUUGUCUUCUAUUCCGAUGCAUAAGUCAGCAGACCUGUCAGCAAAAAAAGUAUAAUAGAAGCGAUAAACAUUGGAAGAGUAUUCUUUUUACAAAAUUAAAUAAAAUUUAUCGAUAAAAAAUGAUGAUCUUAAACUUAUUGAGAAUUUGGAUGGAGUGUAUUUUGAGAAUGAGAAGGAAAAAAAUAAAAAUUUAAGUAUUGAUAUCAGAUAGCUGAGUUAUGGAAAGAAUUACCUUUUAUUUGUUUUAAAGGAAGAGAAGCCACAAUAAGUGAUGACUAAAAAUGAAGAACAAAUCAAAUUUCUCAAUAAAAUUGUCACUUCUGUGUCAAAUUAAAUAUUGGCAUAGCUAUCUAAUCUUUCGAAUGCCAUCUUGAAUUUGAAUUUUAUAGGCAAUGAAAAAGUUUGGUCUAUCAAAUGCUUAAAUCUAUCAAUAAUGAAUUAAUUUUAAAACUUUUAUUAUUUUGUAAAUGCUUGUAAAAUAAACAAUGAGUCAGUAAGCUAUAAAGUUGUUAAUUUAAAGAAUUUUAUUAAAAAUUUAGAACCCUAUUUUUAAUAUAUGUCAGAGGCAUUGAAGAAAAAAUUUGUUAUCUAACUGAGUUUAGAAGAUUGCAAUGUCAAAAUCAAUUCUAAAUUUCUUUCUUAAAUAGUUAUGAAUAUUUUUGAAUAGUGUUUAGCCUAAGCAGAUGUCAACACAAUUAUAACAUUAACUAUUACAACAGAACUGAACUUAAAUCCACUGAAACAAGAGAAUAUUCCUCUUGAAAAUAGUUGCAUCAAAGAAUUUGAUUUUAUAAAACAAGUGGUCUUGGAAUCAGAAGACAGUCCCACAAAAACAGAUUUUCAGAAAUUAAUCAAAUUUGAGUUCUCUUUUCUUACAGAAAAAUUUAUCGAACUUCAACCGUAAACUUAAAUUAUAUUAAAUCCUAAGUCUUUUGAAGACUUUCAAAGCAACAACAAUUAAGAAUUCAUAUUAACCUACCCUAUAACCAAUUUUUUACUCAAAAAAAUAGGACCUUACAAUUCAGUUCAGCAAUCUCAAAACGUGUAUUAUGAAAACAUCUCUAUCUAAAAAGAUUUCAUGAAUGUGUUUCCCUCAAUGGUGGAUUUAAUCUAAACACACAACGUGUAUUAAAAUAAACUAUCCUUCUAUAUCUACACUGAUCAAACCUAAUUAACUUAAUCAUUUAUAAAGUUUUUGCAUUAGAAAUCAUUUUUGGAUUCUUGA